CUAACUUGAUAAGAUUCGGAGGCUUUGUUGGAUAUAAAAUUCAUAUUCAUUUUUAUUUUGCGCAGCUCUUUUAGUCACACAAAUAAUAUCCGCCGAUUGUUUCAAAUCAGAAUUUACUGAACAGCUCCAAGUUCUUUUUAGAUCUUGUGUACCAUCUUUGAUCAACACAACAACAAAACUCAACCAUCUAAUUUUUUACACCAAGAAAAGUACGACUAAAACCAAUCAAGAUGUUUGAAGCUCACAUGCUCGAUGCCCAAGUCUUCCGAAAGAUCUUCGAAGCCGCCAAGGAACUGCUUGAAGAUGCUUCUUUUGACUGCACCUCCGAGGGUCUCUCGCUCCAAGCCAUGGACGCUAUCCACGUCAGUUUGGUGUCUCUGGAACUGAGAGCCGAAGGCUUCGAACUGUACCGAUGCGAUCGAGCGACCAACAUGGGGUUCAAGGUCGCAGGACUCUUGAAGAUCCUGAAGUGUGCAGGAAACAAAGACUCCUUGACGAUGCGAGCUGAAGACCAGCCGGAUAAAUGCUCUUUCAUUUUCGAGUCUCCCAAUAAGGAUAAGAUCUCCCAGUUUGACUUUGCGUUGACGGAUAUUGAUCAGGAGCAUUUACAGGUUCCGGACCAAGAAUACUUCGUCAACAUCAAGAUGCCUUCUGCCGAGUUCUCCCGAAUCUGCCGAGAUCUUGCUAACUUCGGAGAUACUGUGACGAUCUCGUGCACGAAAGGUCAAGUGCAAUUUGCAGCCAAUGGAGACUUGGGAACUGCCAACAUCCGACUUCAGGAGAGUAGCUCCAUCGAUGACGAUGAAUCGGACCGGGUGCAGAUCGAUGUAGGGGAACCCCUGACUCUGUCUUUCGCUGUGCGAUACUUGAACAACUUUGCCAAAGCACAGGUUCUGUCUGAUAGUGUGACCUUGAUGUUGACUCCCAAGACUCCGAUGGUGGUGGAAUACAAGAUCGGAGACUACGGGCACAUCCGAUUCUAUCUCGCACCCAAGAUUGACGACGAGGAAGAAGACGACGCCACUUCCCAGCCCACCACCCAGGCGCUCAAGGACGAAGACGACGAUGAGUGAAGUGAACACUUGUUCCUAUCUCCUGAUUGCAAUAAGUCUCACAAUGCGUGCACUAAUGUUGCCCGCUCAGUCGACUACUUACCCUUUUUUAAACCUGGGACAACUCAGGAACUUGCUUUUUGUGUGUUUGAUUGAAUUGAUGUGAUGCAACUGGUUUGAAUACUGAUAAAAAACUGAAAAAUAAAUGAGCUAAUAAGUGUUGUUGGUUUUGAGUUGAGAAGUUUUCUUUAAUUUGGUUGACUUGCUGUUAUUUAUUUAAUUGAAGUUAGUUUUUUAUGUAAGUUCCUUAAACCGCGUGUGACUUUCAGAGAGCCAUCAGUUGACAAUUAUUUGUAGAAAUCGAAAUCUUGUUUUUCGAAAUUUGUGUCAAAUAUGGUGGUUUGCUCUACUCUACCUUAAUUAGUUGAAUCAAUUUCGAUCUAGUUUCGAUGUUUGUAACUAUUUCAAUCGUGCAAUUAAAAUUGAAUUGAUUCAAGCUCGUUAAUUUAAUGCAACUUUACUCCGACUGUUGUUAUUUGUAUGUAAACGAGACUGAAACAUCCAGUCUAUCUCUUUCUGUCAUUAAUUCACAUCGUUGAAAAUAA